UAUGUAUGUAUGGAGCCGAGCAGGGAGUGCUUGGGCACAGGCAGGAAAGAGCAGCCAUGCAGACCACGCAAGCUAGCAAGUCUACAACGCUUAGCUUUAUUCCACGGAACCCUGUGGAGUUAGGGAGAAUCGUAUCGGGAAGAGAGAUAUCGAGCUGGCCGGAGGAGUAAGAAUUCUACCGACGGGGUCCUUUUCCCCCUCUUCUUCCUCUUCCAUUUCCUCGUGUUCUUCUUCCGCAAUAUUGACCGGCGGCGUUUCGCGAAGCGAUCGUCUCUUCUGUUCCCUCCACGUGGGUCACCUUUAUGGUCGGUGCAGAGGCCAGGCGGGGCGCCGAUGCGUCCCGGCGCUCAUUUCUCCCCUCCUCGUUCCUGCUCCGAUCGCUAUCAACGGCCUCCAAGCCGCGCCACUUAAAGCGGAGCAGCAGCUAUGCUGCGGUUGCGGAGCUUCUAUCCUGUAGUCCCUCGGCUAUGGCGGUCAUGCCGUUACUGCAACCGGAGCCACGCAGCCAGACAUACUCCGAUGACGGGACUGACGACGGGGCUGACGACGGUUACAAUGCGACUCACGCUGCGACUGACAAUGCGACUGGCCAUGCGACUGGCUACGACGCCGCAGCUGAAGAUGCGACAGACGGUGCGACCGUAGGCAGUAAGCGCGGCGGAGAGAUCGUCUGGAAACCGGCCGACCUGGGACCCACCUCUCUGCCGUCCCUGUCGCCGCGAAACGCGGCAAUGGCGUACGGUAAACUGGGCCGUGCUUUCGGCCGGCAGGAGCCGCCUAGCGAUCCGUCGAAAGCAACGGUCAACAACAGCCGCGUAGACCCCACGGAGAACGCUUUCCGCGUUCGGCGGAGCGUCUCAUGGGCGGAUCCCAUGGAAAUCGCUUCCGCGAAAGCAGCAGCGGUAGUGGGCGACGGCAACUCGUGGCUAGCGCUUCAGGAGAGGAGGGAGAGGAGCGGGGGCAGCGCGAGUAGCGCGAGCGCGAGCGCGAGCGAGAGUGAGAGCAGCAGGAGCAGGAGCAGCGCGAGUAGAGCUUGCAGCGCCAUGGGAGGCCGACCCAGAUCCGCGGGUAGCAGCAGACGGCUGCAGCCGCCUCUUGAGGCUGCUCGUAGCUCUGCUCAUAGUGCUAACCAUAGCGCUGCUCAUAGCGUUUCUUGUAAUAGUGGUGGUAGCGCUGGGGUUACGGGCCGGCGCGCGCCUUGCUGCACGGGUCCCGCUGUUGGCACGGCAACGGCCGCCGCGCAUUGCUGCGGUCGUAGCAGCAGCAUCAACGGCAGAAGAGGCUGCUGCUGCGGCGGCGAUGGCGUUGGCGUUGGCGUUGGCAGCACCGGUGUAGUGUGUGAGGGGGCUUGCGGUAGGGUGCAAGGCAUCGGGAUCCGUAGAGGCGACGGAUGGUGCUCCGCGGCUGCAAGCAGCGCGGAGGGUGGGGCUGUCCUGGGUAGGGGAAUGCGGGGAGUGGCGGAGGCCGACUGCGACAGCGAGUACGCGCAAGAUGCGGGCGGAAGACGAGUCGGCGCGGGGGCAGGCGGGGAGCGGCUUUGGCUUCCCUACCCCUCGGGAAGGUUGCUGGAGGAGGUGCAAUGCGGUGUGGAGGAGUGGAGGUGCGAGGAGCAGCAGGAGAGGAGAGAGAAGGAGGAGGGUGAGGAAGGAGAGGAGGGGGAAAGGGAGGAGGAGCCGGAUGUGAUUAGGUACAAGAUUAUUAUGGGGAGGCAGCAGAGGCAGAGGCAACAGCAACAGCAACAGCAACAGCAACAGCAACAGGGUCGACUUCCGACGCAGAGCCAGAGGCAGCAGCAGCAAGAGCAGCAGCUGCGGCGGCGGCGGCAGGAGCAGGAGAAGAUCGGAGGCUUGGAGAUUGCGCUGUCAGGUGUUAGUACUAACAGUAGCAGUAGCAGUAGCAGUAGCAGUAGUAGUAGUAAGGGCCUGCGCAGGCUUGGGAGCGGCCUAAAGUCUAGUCUCAAGCCAAUCGUCCGCGGCUCUUCCCUACCACAGCUGUGGUCCGGAUUCAAGAUAGCCAAUGGUAGCAGCUCGGGCGGUACUGCCAGCCGCAGUGGUGUUGACUAUAGCAGCAGCUGCCAGAGUGGUAGUAACGCGUACAGCAGCAGCAGCAGCAGCAGCAGCAGCAGCGCCAGUUGCAGUAGCUCUAGCAGCAGCAGCUUUAGAGCCCCGUCCGCUGUAGCCACUGCAGCCACCACUGCCGCCACUACCCCCGCCGCCAUGGCAACACUUGCUGUCUUCCCUCCAAGCACCGACGCCCACAGCACCAUGAGCAGCAGCACCACCAGCAGCGGCACCGGCAGCAGCAGCAGCAGCAGGGCUGCUUCUGGCGCAGAAGCGCCCGGCAGCAUGAGAGCUCUGGUGCGCGCGCUGACUCUCCCCCCUGCGCUGCUCCCCCAGCGGGCGCGGGCAGCGGAGGCGGUGCGCGUGGCCCUGCGCAACAGCCGCAGCAACAAGGAGGCGUUCAUUGCCGCCGGAGGGGUGGCGGCUCUCGUGACGCUGCUCGCCCAGCUGCUGGACCAGCUCGCGGCUCUGCAGCAGCCCUCCCACCCUCCGCUGCUGCAGCCGGGACAGCAGGGGCAGCAGCAGAGGCAGCAGCAGGGGCAGCAGCAGGGGCUGCAGCAGGGGCAGCCGCAGGGGCUGCAGCAGGGGCAGCCGCAGGGACAGCAGCAGGGGCAGCCGCAGGGGCAGCCGCAGGGGCAGCCGCAGGGGCAGCCGCAGGGGCAGCCGCAGCAGCUGAUAUGGGCCAAGAUGGGAAGGCAGGAGGUAGCCGGGGGAAGGGAGCACGCUGAGAGGGCAGAGGACCAGUCUGUGCUGCCGCGGCCGCUGCCGCUGCCGCUGCCGCCGCUGCCGGUGCUGCUGCUGCUGUUGCGCAGCGUGGAGCACUGUGUGACGGCGCUGCUCAACAUGUCCCUGGUGCCCGGCAUCAGCAAGGCCAUCGCAGCCACCGGUGGCAUCCCCUUGCUUGCCCGCGUGCUGCACCUGCACCUGCACCGGCACCGGCACCCCACUGCUAGCCGUGAGAAUACCAGCACAGACAAUACCGCCACCAGCAGCAGCAGAAGAAGUAGUCGGGGCACUGGAGAUCGUGAGCUGCUACAGCUGACUGGCGGCGUGAGUAGCAGUGCAGGCGAGGGAGCGGGAUUGCUUCCGGAGGAUCCGCUUAUGAGCCCUGAGGCGCAGCAGUCACUAGCCACCAGCAAGGCCAACACCGCCGCGGCUCUCUUCGUGCUGUCUGGCACCGAGGGGCACCGGGAGCUGGUGCGCGCAGCAGGCGCCAUUCCCCCUCUGGUGCGGCUGCUGGUGGACGGCAGCCUGCGCGCGCGCAAGGACUCGGCGCUGGCUCUGUUCCACCUGUCGCGCAACGCACGGUGCGCUGCCGACAUGGUGCGCGCAGGCGCUGUUGACCUGCUGCUCUUGCUCCUGACACUGCAGGAGAGACCCGCGCAGGGAGUGCAGGUUCAGGAGAAGGUAGGAAGGAGCACGAGCAGCAGUGAGAACCGGGCUGAGAGCAGGGCUGUGGGAGAAGGAGGCGGAGGAGGCGGAGGAGGGGGAGGAGGAGGGAGCUGUAGUGCUGGUAGUAGUAAUAGUGCGAGUGGAGAUAACGGAGAGGAAGCGGGUGGCGGCGGCGACGGCAUGGAGGGCAAGUGCCUGGCUGUGCUGGCGAACCUGGUGAAGGACAGCGCAGGCGUGCGGGCAGUCGCGGCAGCCAUUGCCCCGCGGCUGCCUGUUCUGGUGCAGCUGGUGCAGUGCGGGUCUCCACGCACCCGCGAGGACGCCAUCGUUAUCCUCUCUGAGCUCUUUGUGCACGAUGCUGCUCGAUCGGAGCACAUGCAGCAGGCCCAGGGACAGCAGCGGCAGCAGCAGCAGCAGCAGCAGCAGCAGGGCGAGGAGCAGCACCAUGCACAGCAGCAGCAGCGAAGCCAGACCCAGCAGAACCAGCUGAAACAGCAGAAGGGGGAGGAGGAGGAGGAGGAGGAGGAUCUAGUGACGGCCAUGACGAGGUGUACCCAGGACAGCAAGUUCAUUCCCCUGCUCAAGUACGUGCGGCCUCUGCUGCAAGCACUCACCAACAGAGCAGGUGACAGCGCAGGUGACAGGGUAGGUGACAGAGCAGGCGGCAGAGCUGGGGGUAGUGCCACCAAGCCACUCAGCAGCAGCAGCAGCAGCUCGCCUUUGCUCUCGCCCCGCUCCGCAUCCUCGCGUCCAUCCUCCUCCUCCUCAACCUCUCGCCCCUCCUCACUGUCCCGCCCGUCAUCGUCCUCCUCCACUUUCUCUUUGUCCUCAUCCUUCUCUGCCUCCUCCUCCUUGUGCAUCUCAUCAGUCCCAUCGUCUUUCUCCUCCCUCUCGUGCCAGGUCCCACCAGUCCCAGCCGCGCUCUGCGCAGUGCAGCCCUUGUCCCCUUCAAUCCCGUAUCCGUACUCACCAUUGGGAAUGUCGCUGCUGUCGCCUGUGGCAGCGCCACCCAUCUCCCCCAACCCAUCUGCCAUGGAUGCUAUGGUAACACCAGGCUCCUUGACAGUCAGCUUCGGUACAAGCAGCAGGUCCAACCAAGUCAGCAGCAGCAGAGGUUUUGUUGCGGCAGCAACUGGGGUUCCUAGCUCGUCAGUGUGCUCGUGGUUGCCGGCCCCAGUGGACUCGCAUGCACUCUCACACCCAUCGGUGAUAGCAAGAACCUCGUCUUUGCCUGCUACAAGUCGAGGAGCCGGUUUCAUGGGUGGUUUUGGUGUGAUGGGUGCUGCUGCAGCAGCUCCUCCGAUCUCCUAUCUACCAAUGGGAGGUGUAGAAUCCCUUAGCCUUUUAGAUUCGUUAUAGUCUAAUUGGUUUGUUUAUUUUGUUUCAUUUUCUGGCCUAGAAAGAACGUCUAGGAAUGCAGUUUUGUGGCUCAAAGUUUGUUUUUUGAAUUGUUUUUUUCAGCAUAAACUUUGUUUACACUG